CCACCCUAAUAGUGCAUUGAUUUUUUCUAUUGUGGCUGCCAAAAGCCAUUAUAUGAUUCAAAUCUCUGGACCUUUUCCAUCAGAGCUCUUUUAGAAGCUUGAAACAUCAGCAAGUAUUAGGCAUGGCUUUGAUAUGGGCAACACUAGUGGUUGUUCUUAUUGUAUAUGCCUUGUAUGAGCUGCUAAACAAUAUCCAGAAGAGGAAAAGGUAUCCUCCAGGUCCAAAAGGUCUUCCCAUUUUAGGACAUCUUCACUUGUUAGGUAAAAAUCCACACCAAGAUUUCCUAAAACUAGCCAAGAAACAUGGUCCGCUUAUGUAUGUGCAACUGGGACUAGUACCUACAAUCGUUGUCUCGUCUGCAGAUGCAGCGGAGAAGGUCCUCAAGACAUAUGAUCAUAUAUUUGCUAGUAGGCCUUAUAACGAGGGAGCUCAGUAUUUGGCAUAUGGCCAGAAGAAUUUGAUAUUUGCAAAGUAUGGACCAUAUUGGCGCAACAUGCGCAAAAUGUGCACCGUGCACCUUUUCAGUAACCAAAAGAUCAAUUCAUUUCAAUCCAUGAGAAGGCAACAAGUUGAGCUUAUGAUCGAAUCACUUAAAAAGGAGGCUCAUGAUAGCCUUCUUGUUGAUCUUAGUGCAAAGAUUGCAUCCUUGAAUGCAGACGUGAUUUGUUUGAUGGUGUUUGGAAAGAAGUACAUGGACGAAGAUUUGGAUAAGAGGGGAUUCAAAGCUGUAGCUCAAGAGGUUGUGCAUUUGGCUGCAACACCAAAUCUUGGAGAUUUUUUCCCCUGCCUUGGUGUAAUUGAUCUCCAGGGACUCACUCGCCGGCUCAAGGAUCUUUCGAAGGUGUUAGAUGAGUUUCUUGAGAAGAUUAUUGAUGAGCAUGUCCAGUCUCAUGAGCAGAAGCAAUCCAAGGACUUUGUGGACACCAUGUUGGACAUUAUGCAAUCAGGAGAUGAAGAAUUUCAGUUUGACCAUAGCCAUAUAAAAGCUAUCCUUGUCGACAUGCUAGUUGCAGGAAUGGACACUUCAUCAACAGCUGUAGAAUGGAUACUGACAGAGCUUCUUAGGCAGCCUCAUGUGAUGAAGAAACUCCAAAAAGAGUUAGAAGAAGCAGUAGGCCUUGAAAGAAUGGUUGAAGAAUCAGACUUGGAUAACUUGAAGUACUUAGAUAUGGUUGUAAAGGAAGGCAUGAGGCUGCACUCCAUAGUGCCACUAGCGCCUCACGAGGCCAUGGAAGAUUGUUUAGUCGAUAAUUUCCACAUACAAAAGGGAUCCCGGAUCAUGAUAAACUAUUAUGCUAUUCAGAGAGAUCCAAAUAUUUGGCCUGAGCCUGACAAGUUUUUGCCCGAGAGGUUUAUUGGGAGCAGUAUCGACGUUCGUGGACGUGACUUCCAACUUUUACCAUUUGGCUCUGGCAGAAGAAGCUGCCCUGGAAUGCAGUUGGGAAUUUUUCUUGUCCGCCUUUUGGUGGCACAAUUGGUGCAUUGCUUUGAUUGGGAGCUUCCAAAUGGUAUGCAGCCUUCUGAUUUGGACAUUGAUGAGCACUUUGGGUUAGCGACAAGCAAAGAAAACCAUUUAAUGGCUAUUCCUACUUAUAGACUAAGCGAUGCUUAAUCUCAAAUGGCACAAUAUGGUGCAAUAAUCAAUUAAAGGAAGAUCUGUUCACAAAAAUAGUACUCCAAAGCAGAAAAAGAAAGAUUAUAUACAUAUAUUGUGGAGUUGGCUGAAAUUUUUGUCCUUAAUAAAAUAUAGACCAGUGCAAUGAAAACCAUUUAUUUUCUGGUUUA